UGUUGUUUUUAAAGUUACGCCGGUUGUGAAACCAGUACAGGUUCGAACCCACUGUCAGAACUAAAAUAUGUUAUUUUGCGUUCGAGUGCGUGUUUGGGGCAUUGAUUAAACACCCUGGGAGACACCUCUGCGUUUGCCGAAAUUUGGACUGCUGAUCGCAAUUUAUUGUUUAGAAACGCCGGGGGGCUAUUCAUUUCAAGGACGUUGCAUUGCUGUGCUGAUUGAGAUAUACGGGGUGGUCACUUUUACUUGUAGUUGGCACACACCCAGUGAUGUUGGAUUUGUGAGAAAAUGAAUUCAGCAUUGAAACCUGUGUUAACGUCGUCGACACCACAGAAUCCCCCGGUGACGACUCAGUUAAACAAACCUAUGCAUCCUCAAGGCACACCAACCAAUUAUGGGCAACCAUCGACCCACAUGCCACAAAGUCUAGUGAAUUUGCCUCACAACCCUACUGUCGCUCACGCACACCCGAAUCCUGCCCAUCAAAGUAAUCACUAUUCACUAAAUGUACCCAACGCACCUCAACAUUACUCUGCCAAUAACCCAUCAGCUAUACCUGCCAGCAACCAUCCAAUACCCAACGUCAGUCAAGCUGGCGUCGGAGGACAGUCGUAUGCUCCAAACAAGAACGUCCCGUUCGCAGGAGGUUAUCAACCAAACCUCGGACAUCCUCCCAAUCAGAACCCAAUACCUCCCGUCAGUCAGAGUCUACCCGCCACACAACCACCUCUUCACACACCACCUCCAGCGGAGUCGUCGCCGGACAAACCUCAGUCGAACGGCACCGCGGAGGUAAAAUCUCCGACGAAACCUGAACCUCAAGAAAAUCACGUGUCCUUACCAAGAGACAAAUCGCCGCUGCCACCCAGUUCGCCGAAAAUAUGCGAACGAUCAGAGGAAAAACCAGCUUCCACGGCCUUACCUGAACAAAAACCGCCAAGCCAAGAGAGCAGCAAGACGGCGGAGGAGACGCCAUCGUCGACACCGGAAGUGUCGGUCAGUAAUAGUCCGAGUGCGGCGACGAGUGCGCCAUCGGUAGACAAUGUGGAGGCUGUGCCGGCCACAGCAAAUGAUACCGAACCGCCCAAAACUGAGGAGGUGGCGGAAAAUUCGGAAAGUAGUUCGAGGGAAUCGCAACCAGAAGUUGUGGACACUUCAAGUGCGGAAGCUAGUUCUAGUUCUCCGCCCAAACCGAAGGAGAAAGAGCAACAAAAAACCACGCCCGCCUCUAAAACGACAACGCCGAAAACGCCCACAAGAAAAUCAAAAACGCCCAAACCCGAUGGAGAUUCGCCGAAGAGUUCGAAAGUCGACGUCAAAACGCCAUCAACCCAAAAGUCACCUACUGUCGGUACAAAAAGUAAAAGAACGAGGAUCAAGACACAGCCUUAUCAAAGUCCGUUGCCAGAAAUUGAAAUUAUCACAAAAAUCAGCUCAUCUACGCCGAGAAGUAGAACAAACGAUGACAAGCUGAUUGUGUUUUACAAAAACGAAUUUUUGGCUGUAAGAAACUCAGAGGGUAGUUUUUAUAUAUGUCAAGCUGUACAAAAUAUUUAUAAGAGCUCACCAAAAAUACGCAUUCGCUGGCUUUCUCAAGACAAAACGGAGAAAUCCGGCGAAGUGUACACUCCCGACUUUUACGAUAAUACAGAUUUUGAUUGUAUAUUAACAAACCUAAACUUGGUACGUGUAGAUAAGGGACGAUUUAGGUUGCCUCCCGCAGAAAAGGAACGAACAGACAGUAUUCUUAAGAGAUCUCUAGCUGUUGAAAAGGGUGAAGUGACAUCACCUUCGUUAACGGAAGAACAUCCAGAUGGCAUCGAUCUUUCUCUCUACAAAGAAGAAAGUCAACUGAAAAAACGAAAGGCAACUAAACGCAAAGCUACUUCGGCGUUGAGAACCAGUAAGAAAUCCAGUACUACAACAAAGUCACCUGAUCAGCCCAAAGUGCGUAAAGUGGUUGCGAAGCCGACGAAAAGAGCUCCUCCCAAAAGGGUCGCACCUACUGCCAAGGUGAAGAGAGUAAUCCCUGUUGAAGCGAAAAAACCGACUACGACUGUGACUAGCAGAACUGACAGGGCGAAAAGAAGAGGAGAUAAUCAAAAUCAUAAUAAAGUCAGUCCGGUGGUAGAUCAGAAAAAAGCGCGUGUCUUGGCUAAAGUGGCUAGGAAAGGCGCAGUCAAUACUAAAAGUCAAUCAGGUGCGAAAAAUAUAAAGGCGCCGAAAGCGACACCGUCUUCAUCAAAAGUGCAAAAAGCAGUCCCAAAAGCUGCUCCAAAGAAGACUAAACGGUCUUCGAGAAAAUAAAUUAUCGACCGUGUUACGGUUUACUAAUUUGAGUAUGUAUAUUUUUCGACUUCUGAUUUCACACAUCGAACUAAUCACAUUUCUUUUCACCGAGAGUUGUGAUAGUGUGUUGAAUUUUAUGUUAAAAAAGGAAUUGCGUCCAAUACAUAUUUCCGACUGUUCAAUUAACCGUUAAACGAUACGUACUGUGAAUAAGAAAAAAAAUUAAGAACAGUUUAGGCCUUAAAACAUAUUUAUUUUUUUCGUUGAGAAAUGUGUGUUCGGAUGACAUUCUGUCAUAUGUUGCAAUGUUAAUAGCUCUAUAUAAUUAUUAUCUAUUGGCCAUUUUAAUAGUAAUGGUACUCCAUUGUAUUUAUUUAACGUGUCCUGAGUUUGGUAGAAUUUUGAACUACGUUAAAGCCACAUUUUUAUACUAAGACUUAGUAAUGUGUUUAUAACAUUAAUUUAAGGGAAAACAAUGCGUAAUUAUUACUUCAAGUGCAUUAAAUAAGUUGUUUUUGAGUAUGGUUUCAGAAGAGUUUUUAUUGAAUCUAAUAGCACUAGUAUUAUUUUAUGUUUUAUAUCAGUACUCAUUUUGUAUGUACAUUAAAGCUCUACGUAGAUGUAAAGUCAUGUGAGCAUAUAAUAUAGAUUUAAUCUAUGAAUAAAAUUGUUUCAAUGAUGAUAAUUAGGUGACCGUUGAUGAGUAUAUGUAAAUAUACAAUGACCAAAAUAUUAAAUAUUUCUUUAUAACUACAAAAAGCACAGGCGAUUUUGAGGUUAAGUUAUGUAGGAUUUAGUAUGUGUUGUGCUUAAACAAGUUAAGUAUUAAGAAACAUGUGGAAUGGAUGUCGAUGUAGUCUUGUGAACAGUCAAAAUUUGACAUGAAAGUUAGUUCUCCAAAAUAAUUUAUAAUAUAAAUGGAUUUAUGAAUAAAAUUUAAACAUGA